GCAGGCAGACAGAAGUGGAAUAACAAGGGAGAGACUGGAGAUAAAGCUUGCGUACAUCUGGCAUUAUUCUGCUUAAAGCUGCAGUAACUAAAUAGUGAAACUAAUACCAUAUUACUUGUCUUGGGAAAACCAAACUCUGUACUGUCCUAGAUUUACAAACCAUUCUGAUACUCAUUGGGAGCUGAGUGAUUUUAGGGAUUUCUUUUUAUUCUUCUCACGAUGUCUUGAGAAGGAUUCCUCAUAAUCUGGAUUUCAACAACUAUUCUUCACCAGAAUUAUUACAGUGGGUUUUGUUCUUGGUUUUCAUAAGGAGAAGCUGAGGGAACAGCCUGCAAAGGAACUUUAGACUGACGGAACAUAAUUUUCCCAACAGGAUGAUUGAUUCCUGAAAGGAAAGAAUGGAAGUGCAUAGGCCAGACAUGCAGAGUGUAAUAGAGGUGGUUACUUUGCAAGCCUUGGAGAGUGCCUCUCCCAGCUCUUCACAGCAUGAAAGUGCUGACAGAACUUCUGACGGGAAGGAUGAUGCAAGCAUUGCUGAAGAAGAGGAUCCCACCUUGGAAAGGGAAUCUGAGUCAUUGCCAGCAGCCCAUGGUUUCACAGCUGUUGACAUGAGGGGGGAUGGGGCCAGAACUGAAAUGCUGGAGCAACAGCAGCCUUCACCUGAUCACGGAGGAGGUGGGGACUGCUGUGCUAAGACUUCUCCUGAAAGACGAGGGGAAGGCUCUGGGAAACCCAAACUCUUGCCCAGCGGGGAUUUUGAACGACAGGUUUCGAAAACGAAUGGCACAGAACAGUCCCUUAUGGAGUUAUUGCAGGAGUUGAGAGAAGAAUCUGACUUUGUAAAAAAAUCUAGGGAUAGAAUUUACUCAGAAAGCCCUUAUGAUACAGACUGCACAAAGAAGCUCAUUUCCACAAUACAGCAGUCUUCAUCGCAGGAGGCUUUGUUGGAAGAAAUUGAAUCUGAACUGAUAGCCACCGAUUUUUCAAAAGAGCGCAAACUCCCGAACGGAAUGAGGAAAGGGGAGCAGGCCCUGGCAGUGUUUGACAAACGUGUGCAAGACAAAUACCUGGAACAGGAGCAAACCAUAAAGAAGUUAAUUAAGGAAAACAAAAAGCACCAGGAACUGAUAUUGGAAAUUUGUUCCGAAAAGGACAACUUGAAAGACGAACUGAAAAAACGAACAGAGACAGAGAAGCAGCACCUCAACAUUAUUAAACAGUUAGAAGUGAAAAUAGAAGAGCUUAAUAAAGAAGUUAAAGCUGCUAAAGACAAGCUUAUAACCCAAGAUGCCGCAGCCAAAAAUGCUAUUCAGCAAUUGCAUAAGGAGAUGACAUUUCGUAUGGACCAGGCAAACAAGAAAUGUGAAGAAGCGCGCCAAGAAAAGGAAACCAUGGUGAUGAAAUAUGUUCGAGGAGAAAAGGAGUCAUUAGACCUCCGGAAAGAAAAGGAGAUACUUGAGAGAAGACUGAGAGAUGCAAACAAAGAAAUUGAAAAACACACUAAUAAAAUCAAACAGCUUUCUCAGGAAAAAGGAAGACUGCACCAGCUCUAUGAAACCAAGGAAGGCGAAGCUGCUAGAUUGAGCAGAGAGAUAGAAAAACUGAAAGAAGAAAUAAACUCUCAUGUUAUCAAAGUCAAAUGGGCCCAAAACAAAUUGAAAACAGAAAUGGAUUCUCACAAGGAAACUAGAGACCGACUCAAGGAUGCAACAACGAAGUUAACACAAGCAAAAGAGGAAGCAGAUCAGAUACGGAAAAACUGCCAAGAAAUGAUAAAAACGUACCAAGUAGGCGUGUUUUCUUAUGAGGAGUCGGAAGAAAUUAAAUCGAACGAGUUGGAUGCAAAACUCCGUGUAACAAAGGGAGAACUGGAGAAACAAAUGCAGGAAAAGUCUGACCAGUUGGAGGUACAUCAUGCCAAAAUCAAAGAACUGGAGGACUUGAAAAGAACAUUUAAAGAGGGCAUGGAUGAGCUGCGUACACUGAGAACAAAGGUGAGGUGUCUAGAGGAUGAAAGGUUGAGAACAGAUGAUGAGUUAUCUAAGUACAAAGAAAUCAUUAAUCGGCAGAAGGCUGAGAUUCAGAAUUUGCUGGACAGAGUGAAAAUUGUUGAUCAGCUGCAGGAACAACAUCAAAGAGAUGAACAAGAGAUCGAUGCAUUGAAGGAAGAAGUGGAUAGUCUGAACUCCUUGAUUACUGAUCUCCAAAAGGACAUUGAAGGCAGUCGGAAAAGAGAGUCUGAGCUACUGGUAUUCACUGAAAAACUAACCAGUAAGAAUGCACAGCUUCAGUCUGAAAAUAAUUCGUUACAGAACCAGCUCGAUAAGCUCACUUACAGUGAAAGAGAGUUACAGAGGCAGCUGGAACAUGUGAGACAGACCAAAGAUGAUGUGACCAAUAAAUUGCAGAAGGAGGAAGAGCUGCGCAGACAUGAGGUCCUGGCCUUGCAGACGGAGUUAGAUUCUCGACAGAAAGAGCUAACAGUGCUGAAUACCCAAGUGGAUGAACUAAAGGAUGAGCUGGUUACUCAAAAGCGGAAGCACACAGCAAAUCUUAAAGAUCUCACCAAACAACUUCAGCAAGCACGAAGAAAACUGGAACAGAUUGAAAAUGGUAGUUAUGAUAAAGAAGUCAGCAGCAUGGGAAGUCGUUCUAGCUCAUCAGGUUCCCUUAAUGCUCGAAGCAGCAAUGAAGAUAGGUCGCCUGAGAAUACUGGCUCUUCAGUAGCUGUGGAUAACUUCCCAGAAGUGGACAAGGCUAUCCUGAUUGAGAGGAUAGUCAGGCUACAGAAGGCUCAUGCUCGGAAAAAUGAAAAGAUGGAGUUCAUGGAGGAUCACAUUAAGCAACUGGUGGAGGAAAUCAGGAAAAAAACCAAGAUUAUUCAGAGUUACAUUCUGCGAGAAGAAGCUGGAACCUUGUCCUCAGAGGCCUCUGACUUUAACAAAGUUCAUUUGAGCAGGCGUGGUGGGAUCAUGGCGUCUCUGUACACGUCUCACCCUGCCGACAGCGGGCUCACAUUAGAACUCUCUUUAGAGAUCAACAGGAAACUCCAGGCUGUGCUAGAGGAUACUUUACUGAAGAACAUAACACUAAAAGAGAACCUUCAGACACUUGGAACAGAAAUAGAACGGCUCAUUAAACACCAGCAUGAACUGGAACGGAGGAUGAAGCAAACGUAACUAGAGUUUUUAUGGAAAGACCAGAACAAAGAUGCAGAAAAGGCAGGUGCUACAGGCUGUCAACUUAAGCUUCUCCUGGAAAUUGAGUGUGCAACAGUUCAAAGAUCCAAUCUUGCAAAGCUUUUAAGUAUGCAAGCUGUUCGCUUUCUCAAGAGAAGGGGUCUGUAGACUCGGGUUGUUUUGCCUGUUUGAUGUUAGCCAAAGGCAUUGCUGAGCUUCACUAUACACUACGUUCUUCUGUUGAACUGUACUCUGAAACGACAUCCAAAUGCUUUGCGGUGUAUACUACAUGUAGAGUAAGUUUCAAUGAGAUUUUAAUUUCUGCCCUGUGCAAUUAAAUAGUCUGCUAAUAAUGGAGCUUCAAAAAAAAAUUAAACUGAUUUUUUUUUUUUGCUGUUGGACAGAUCCAGUGCUGCUGAGCUUCAAGGGCUUUCAGACAGAUUCUUCCCUACCCUCUAUAAAUGUUUCUGAUAUUUAAGUUGAUUAAGUAGUUUUAAUGUAUGCAUGAGAGAGGUUUUGUUCUAAAGCUUUGUGUUUUUUUUUUGUUUUUUAAAUUAAGGACAUGGUAUUCCAUAAAUUACCAUUCGGAAAAAAAGUUUAAUAGCUUGGGUAUUUAAAAUGAAUUGACCUGCUUCUUGUUUUUUUAAAGCCAGCUAGAAAUUGAAGAAUGAAAAACUUUUGUUUCUGCUGCAGUUAUUUGGCAAGUUUAGUUGAUAUAAACUCAGAUUGCACAAAUGGUUAGGUGCAUACAUUUAAAUAAUUUUGAACUCAGGUAAUUUAGUUUUAUAAAAUAAGUUUUUCCAGACCUUCAGUGUAAUUAGCAUAAUUUUUAAAGUAUGGGUUGUUUGCUAUGUGUAUCAAAUCUUCUCUCCCCCAGUCCAAGAUAACCAAUUAAUUAAAAAAAAAAAUUUCUGAGCACGUUGUGUUUGUCACAUUAGUUAUAAGUAUAGGCCAGCCAGUAAGAUCGAGGUGAGACAUGAGGUGUGUGUUAAGUGGUGAGUUGCAGCUUAUUGGCUGAACUGUAACUGCAGCACAGAAAUCUGUGCCAGAUCUUGAACUUUACUGAUGUGUGAAGUAUUAAACUGUCAGAAUGACACGGGGUAAGAUUCCAGGGGAUACCUCCAUCCUGCUUUGACAGGGUGAUGGGAAGCUAGCCCUGCAGUGACAACUUUAAAAGUUGAGUCUCAAUGUUAUACUCAUGCAGCUUAGCAUCAGGAAAAGUAAUUUACCUGGACUGGAGUAGCUCCACUCCUGCAGUAAAUGUAUAUUUUUAUACAUUUAGUGCUUGCUUGAUCAAAAUUCAGAGCCAGACCAGUUCAUCGUAUAAAUAUAUGAAGUAUAUACUGUAUUACAUAUUUGCACUUAGUGCUCAUGUACAAUAAAAACCCUUUACGUAUUAGUUAUUUAAAUUUGAAAGGACAGCUUUUUUAAUGAUGAAAAAACAAACCCAAAUUUUCUACCCUCCUCCCCACUUGUGUCAUUUGCAGAAUUGAUCCCUGGUUGUGUCAAAACACAGGGUAAAACUUACUAAAGCAUCUAAGUGGCUUAAAGCACCUAACUUCCAUUUUCAGAAGCCUCAGUGUCACUUAAGCAGUAGAAGAUUUUACCCCAAAGUACUUGAUUUGAUUGAUGUGAAUCAGUUAGUGAGACUGCCCCGCUGGUUAGAGAUGAGCAUGCACAUACAUAUUUACAAAAUCAGGCUCAGCUUGUUGUUUAGGGUUGCUCCUGAGUAGCUGGCGUUUUUACUCCCCAACAAUAGAGGUAGUAAAGAGCUAAUGAUUUCCAAUAAGGAGAGGGUCAUGUGGCCCCUCAACCCUUAAUGCUGGGGGAUGUCUUCUUUCCCAAAUUCCAGGGGCAGUGAGAGCAGUUCUGCAAUUUUGUUGUGACCCUUAGCCAGCCCAGCCUCAGGACUGUAUCUGCUGCGCGUAUACAGACAAACUGUUCAGGACAGCAAGGCAAAGAGGGCAGCGGCUUCCCCUGGAGCAGCUGGCAUACGGUAACGUUGUCCACUCUUACUCCACAGUAAGUUAAUGUUAUACUGGAGAAACUUACCUUGGAACAAAACAGGUUUAAGUUUCCCUGAUUUAACUUGUGCUUACUGCAGAGUAAGAGCAGACAAAUGGCUAAUUAUCCUAGAAUAGCCAGUAAGUCCCUGCUCCCUUUGAACUUGUUGUUCGUUGUCUGUCCACACUCUGAAUGUUUGUGAUGGGAAAGUGGGUAUGGGGCAGUGAAAGCUAGCCUCCUGAGGUGAAAUCCUGGCUCAUUAUGAAAUCAGUGAGUUUUACUGUUUCGUUCAAGAAUGCCAGGAUAUCGCCUGAGGGGCAAGGUAAGUUUGUACAACUGAAUUUUAGGCCCUCUGAGACAGUAUUCAGGAAUAAAGGUUGUGUGUCCAAACAUAGCUUAGCUCUUGUUUGUUUUGCAUUUUUAUACUUAUAUGCCUGUUUGGCUUAUUUUCCUGUAUUAAACUGAUUCCCAUAUUUUAGAUUUUGGAAAUAAGCUCACUCCAUAUAGUACCUAUAACCGUUUAAUGUAUGUUCUUCAGCUGUUUAAUAUAAAUGAAGAAAUGUGAUGCAGAUGGGAUAAGUGCAAUGAUAGUGCGGAAAUUCUUCGUAGUGCUUCUUGACAUCACUCCAUUACACUUCUUAAAUUAUUUUAGCACACUAGUUAUCCUUUUGUCUUGCUUAAAAAUGCUGCUUUCUGUCUGUGACUCUACAAUUCUAGGGGUUUUUUAUCUUUGCUUGUGUAUGUCGUUUGCAUAAGCA